AAUUUUAGACCACCAUUGCUUCAGUACAUACGACGAAAAUGCCCACGUCAUUAAUGUUGACGAAAAUGCCGUGGUCACUAUGAGAAAGAGACAUGAAACUGAAGAUGUACAGCAUUCGAAAGAAGGAGCUGUACAAUCUACACAGUCUAUACUCACACAAGAUGAGUUGCUGAUUGAAUUUGUUCGUAUCCGAAGGGGUUUGUGGGACCAUUCCCUUCCGACCAGCGAAAGAACAAGAUUAAAAAAAGAUAGUUUAUGGCAAGAGAUUGUAAACGCAUUUGAUGGAUCCCUGUCUAUGGAAGCAAUAAAGCAGAGAUGGAAACACCUUCGAGAUUCGUAUAUGAAGGCUAGAAAGAAAAUGCGAGGAUACGUGCGAAGUGGAUCAGGGGUGGAAUCUGGCCAUCCAUUACGAAGUUCUUUUGCUCAUCACGAAGAAAUGAGAUUUCUCGACGAUACAAUAAAGACAGCACCGACUGUCAGCUCCAUCCAGCACAUUUCUGAAGCGAAUUCAUCCCAUGUUGACAUGGAUAAUAUGCAAGUGGACAUGACUGCAGACAACUUGAUCGAUUUUGAUGAUUCUACACAGAAUUCUGCAGGUUCACCAUCAGAAUCAUCACGAAAAUCGUCAUGUUUAUCGCCAGGGGUGAAAAGGAAAAAAACAGAAUGCUUGGGUAGAAAUAGCAAGUAUCAUGAACAUGACAGGUACGUACAUAAUGCCUUUCUACAUAUAGUCGAUAGUUUUAUGGACCAACUUGGUGACAUUCUACGCCGACUAUCAUACGUACGACGUAGAAACCUGCAAAGAAGACUUAUGAAUAUUGCUAUAGAAGAGGAGGAUGCCGAAUUUCUGGAGAAAGGGAAUGAUAAGAUGUAAUAGAAAUGUUCUUUUUUAUUAUA